AUGAAGAUCUCUGGAGUAGUCAUAGUUUUCAUGACUAGCAUUCUGUUUGGAGGUGUCUCCAAGGCCCUCAAUGUCACAGUCACCCCAUCUCCAUUCACUAUUGCAGCAGAGGGGGAGAAUGUCACCCUGUCCUGCCUGGUGAGUGAGCAUCGGCGGUCGACCAGUCUGCCCGUGGUGCGCUGGAUGUUCCAGUCAGGACACGGAAGUGAUGAGCAACUUGUCGCUAAGGUGAACAUGAGGAGGGCAAAGUUCUAUGGGAACUAUACCAAGAGUUUCCCAAAACCCAAGAUCAAGCUGACUGUGGUGAAGCAUGGGAAGAUCUACAAUUUACUAAUCAUGAAUGUCAGCAGCCAGGACAGGGGAAUUUAUACAUGCAAGGUACAGGAGUUUAAGAAGCAUAAAGACCGGUGGAAAGCAUCAACUAACAGCACAGCAGCUACAGAGCUGAAAGUACAUGUCCUUCCAGUCAACAGAGCCAAGGAGGGACUCUGGAGUCUGUUUGAAGAUGUCUACCUGUGUGCAGUGCUGAUUUGCUGUGUUGGACUGUUGUGUAUGUGUAUUUUCACUGUGGCUGUGACCUGCCAGUAUUUUCAGAGGAAAAGCAGAUUAAAAGAAAACUAUCAUCUGGUGAAAAGCACACAGAACAGUUCGGGGGAGACAGUUACAAGUGUGGUUAGCCUGUCUCCCGCUCUCCCUAAAAAACAGAAGAGGUAUAAAAGACAAAAGACAGCAGAGGAGAAGGAGCAACCACCAGAGAUCCCAGCUAAAGCCCCAAUUGCAGACAAACUGCGAAAGCCAAAACUUUUAAAAGCCCAGCCUAGAAAAGUGCUCUUGCCGAAGAUCGCAGAGGAGAGUCUAACAUAUGCUGAGCUCGAGCUGGUUAAGCCACUGCCUGACGCCAAAACCACAAACAAAGGAACAGUCUACGCUCAGAUAGUCUUUGAGGACAAACCAUUGUAG